GAUUCAGCUAAUAAGAGGUUGGAGCUUAAAGCACGUCUGGUCCCACUAGAAAAGAAAAAGCAACAUCUUGGAAAUAUAAUAAGUUCAGCUAAAGAAAGUGGUAAAAUGAUACCAGAAAGGUUAAAUUUAGAAUAUUCAUCUGUAUACAUGAACACUUUUUAUGGGGAAGCUAGAAACUCGCUAUCUCCAAUCUUUCUUCGUGAAUUAGCCUGUGAAACUACUACAGCAGGAAAAUACAACCUUAAUCUUGUUGCCGAAUUCGUAUCAAAAAAGGUCUUCUCUAGAAAAGAACUUUCCAAAGAAGCGUACUGGACUGAAAUGGUCAAAAUUACUAUGGAUGUGAUGAAAAAGUUACAUGAUCAAGUAAACGCUAAUCUUAGAAUAAAAAGUAGGACAUCUUAUUUAAAUAUGGCAUAUGAAGAGGUAUUAUUUCCCGUCUGCUUGACUGGUAAAAAGAAAUACUUUGGGGUUGGACAUGAAGAUGUAAUAAACUUUAAAUCGAAAAAUCUUUUCAUGAAAGGGAUAGAUACUGUAAAGAAAGAUAAAUCCCAGCUUCUCAAAUUCAUCAAAGAGAAGAUAAUGAGAGAGGCUAUGGAUAUAAAUAAUACGCACCUAAUUCACAUAAUUGUUGAAGAUACUCUUAGAGAAACAGGAAACAAGAAAUGGGAUUUCAAUGAAUUUAUUGUGAUGGGAACAUGGAGGCCUAAGAAAAAAAUCUCUGCAACAAUCGCUUUAUGA